AUUGAUAUUAUUAUGAUAAUUUAGUUUUGAUAUGAAUAAUAUAAUAUACUUUUUUAGAGGUAUUAAAAUGUAACUUCCAUUUCCUUCUUAUUUCUAACAGAACUCCUGCUGGAAAUAAUAGCUUAAGCGAUUAGUUAUUUCGUGCGUGUCCUAUGUCAUACUUACUUGUCGUUAGUUAGAUUUAAAUCGUCACUUCUAACAGAACUUAAAGAAACAACUCAAAUACGAUUUUUGUAUUUGUAAUAAGGUUUUUAUAAAAAAAAAUAAAAAAAUAAAAUAAACUAUACCAAACAAAAAUUAACUAUACCAAAAGUUGAAUAACGUAGGAAAUAAAACUAAGAUGAUAAUAUAUUAUAUUAUAAUUUUUGAAAUAUUAUAUUUUGGAAAAAAUGUUAAAGGUGAAUGGGUCGAAAUUCCUGAGUUCUCAGAUGAAAAGAAAGUUUACAGAAUUCCUUUUUCUAAUCGUGACUAUGAAUACAAAUUUAUACGAAAUGACGAUAAUAAAAGUUUUUUUCAUAAGGAAGAAAACAGUACGAUUUAUGAAAAACAACCGGAGAUAAAUAUUCCAUUAACACACAAUUCGGAUGUAAAUAUAACUCAAUUAUCAGUAACAGAAUUAAAUACUGGGUCAGAGAAAUAUUUUGCGAACGUAUCUGCUGAUUAUAUUGUCGAGAAUAAUUGUGACAUAAAAAAUAAUAGUUAUGAAGUGGAUAAAUUAUUGAUUGAAUCUGAUCCAAUAAAAUUAGAGGAACAUAUAUCAGAUACAAAAAUGUAUGAUACUAAAGAAGCUAUACUCAAACAACAAUUACCAUUGUCUAAUAAAAAUUUAAAUGAAACUUUGAAAGAAGAUAAAAACACCUUUCUAAUGUAUUUACCAACUGAAAUAUUAAAAAAUGUUCAUAAAAAUUUAAAAUCUCAACCAUCAAGUAUAAAAGGCAAACUCCAAUUUCUGAAAUCAUUUGAAAAGAUAUUAUCGCUUGAAAUAGAAUCUAGACUCAUAAGAUUUAUAAAUCCAAAUCGCAUAAAAAGAGGAAGUGAUCAUUAUGAUCAUGAUGAUUAUGAAGAUCAUGGAUUAGGUUUUCCUUCUUUAGAAGGUGCAUUAAUGGCUAUUUCAUUCCUUACAUUUGCUGUCUAUUUGGUUAGAUUAGUUAUGCUUCUUUUUCGAAAUAAUGGAACUCAAGGUACUAUUCCUACUGUACUUGUUGGUAAGAAAAAGAGAUCAGUGGAAGAAUUUAAUGAAGAAACGGCAAGAAUUCUUCACAAUGUGGAUAAUUUCAUUUCUAAUAUUUAAUGAUAUUUUUAUAAGAAAUACAAACAUGGAAUGAUACAAAUUAUAUCCAUUUUAAUGUAUAAAUAAGUCAUUUUUAAACUGUAUUUGUAUGUAUAAACAUUUAAUAUAUUACUAAGGUAUUAAUAAUAAGUUAUACUCUAAUACGUCUACUACACAAUUGUACAUAAUCGAUUAUAAGAGAAUCAAAAAAUGAACAUGUAGAUAUGUCCAAAAACAGUAUAAAUUUUGUUAAUAUAUAGUACAUAUAUUUUUAUAAUUUUGCUUGUAUAUGUACGGAAGUAUUUAAUGGUGAUAAAGAAAUAUCACUAUAAAAUCCCAAAGGAUGUAGUAAUGGGAGCUGGUGUAAUUUUAAAAUAAGAUAUUCCAUUUGUAUUUUAUCUACAAAAUAAAUACCUUCUUUAUCAGAUGUUACAACAAUACCUUGUUGUAAAAGAUUAGACAAUGUAGAUUUAAAAAGAUCAAGUGAUAGACAGUAUGGAUGAGGACGAGAAUUUUUUUCUUCAAAUAAUGCAAUUUCUACUUGCUUCUGACAUUCUUUCAAUACUUUUUGGUUUGUUAUUGUACCCAAUAUUGAUUCAUUCCACUAUAAUAAGAAAAAAAGUUAUAAAUUAAAA